AUGUCGACCCCCAAGACAUUGCGUGACUUCCAAGUCCAGGCGUUGACCUCUUUACUCUCGCUCAACAACCCCUCGACAGCGAACCCAGCCUCGAGCAGCGCAGGAGUUGGGGGUGCUGGCGGGGCAGCAGGCGCGGUCGUGGCCGGGUCGGGGGUGGUGCCGACGUGGAAGGUGUUGGUGAUGGACAAGGUGGCGCAGGACAUCGUCGCCACCAGUCUGAGGGUACAGGAUCUCAGGGAACAGGGCGUGACGCUGCACAUGUAGGUUGGGCACACACCUUCCGGCACGCGCCGUUCGGUGAUAGGUGCUGGCUGGCCGGCUCGCUCUCACGUGUCACCAUCCACACCGCACGGCGCGCCCUUUACGCACUCAAUUCGACGCGAGAUCAGCUCGUACACGUCAAUCCUGGGCCGCUGGGGUUGUGGCUCGAUGUUGUCGAUGGGUCGUAUAUGGAAACCGAGUGGCCAAUAGGAUCACUGCCUCGUCGAGUGAUUGAUACGCGUCCAGUCAACUGGCGCUACCGGAAUCCCUACAGCAAACCCUGGAGGAACUUUGAACUGACCAACUUUAUACGUUGUAUACAGGCAACUGCAUGCCGAAAGACCAGCACUUACGGACGUACCUGCCAUCUACUUUGUCGCACCGACGCAGGCCAACAUCCGCCGGAUCGCGCUCGACCUGCAAAAGGGACUGUACGCCUCGACCUAUGUCAACUUUACUAGUGCACUUUCGCGGCCGCUUUUGGAAGAGUUUGCCGAGACUGUGGCAAGGGAUGGAACAGUGGAGAAUGUCGAGCAGGUACGUUCUGCUAGCGGGACUGAGUGUUGCAUCCGCUGCGCCGACCUCACCAUUCUUGAUUGAUCGCGCAGAUCUACGACCAACACCUCGAUUACCUUGUCCUCUCUCCGAAUCUCUUCUCUCUUGCCCCAUCUCUCGCCACCCCCACCUCGGCUUCGGCCUCGCUUGCGGCUCCCAUGGUCGACUCGUCCCUCGAGAGGAGCACCUACGAGAAGCUCAAUGACCCGAAAGCGGCGGAAACCGACAUCGAAGAGGUCACCGAUCGAAUUGCGCGAGGGCUUUUCUCCGUACUCGCCACAAUGGGUGCGUAGUCACUCUGUAUCUAAAAAAAAUUCAUGGGACAGAACCGCUUAUACAUUCGUGAUCAUGUAGGUCAAUUGCCGAUCAUCCGAGCACCGAGGGGAAAUGCCGCCGAGAUGAUUGCACGCAAGUUGGACGCUCGAUUGCGAGAUCACGUUGCAGGUGCUCGAGGCGGGAACGCCUUCUCGGGAGCAACGGGUGCAGGUGAAGGAUCUUUUGGGCGGCCACGUGAGUUGUACAAAGGUCAGGCUUUACGCUGCUUGAGCUGAUCGUCGGCUUGUUUCGCCCGCAGUUCUCGUGCUCAUGGACCGAAACGUCGACCUCGUGCCCAUGCUGUCUCAUUCAUGGACGUACCAAGCCCUCGUCAACGAUGUGCUUGGCAUGCGACUCAACCGCGUCUCUGUUGAAGCACCCGAAUCUGGACGACUACAAAAGAAGCUCUACGACCUCGAUGCCAAGGACUUUUUCUGGGCCAAGAACGCCGCCAGUCCUUUCCCUCAGGUCGCGGAGGAGAUUGAUCUGCAACUGAACAAGUAGGUCGAUUGUCGGACUCUGUGUUGGCACUCAGUGAACAAGUGGCUAAUGUCAUUUUUUUACCGUGGCGUAUGAAUCUACAGAUACAAAGCAGACACGAGUGACAUCACACGAUCCACGGGCGUCGGAGAUAUCAACGACCUUUCACAACUGUGGGUUCUCCUUCUCCCGGCAAAUCUAGUAGUGCAUCUUGCGCUUCCCUAACGUGAGUUUCAUCGAUCACAGGGACCUGUCCUCCAACGCGGCCAACCUCAAAGCUGCCAUCACCGCCUUACCCGAGCUCACGGCUCGAAAACACACGCUCGACACCCACAUGAACAUCGCCACGGCUUUGUUGCAGGGCAUCAAGUCGCGAGGCUUGGACACGCUGUUCCAGAUGGAGGAGAGCAUUACUAAACAGGUAGGCUACGAAUUGCGUAGCCCUCGUCCGGUGGUCCUUCUCAUGCUAAUCGGCUUUUUCAACCCCUUUCUGACUACAGACAAAAGCCCAGAUCCUCGAGGCGAUCCGUGAUCCGACAAAGGAGAAUCCGGAGGACAAGCUGCGUUUGUUGUUGUGCUUCUACUUUUCGGCGCCGGACAAGGCCGUCACGAAGGACGAUUUGGCCGAGUACGAGCGAGCGCUGGCUCAGACGGGCGUAGAUAUGGGGCCGUGGGAAUAUGCGAAAAAGUGAGUCGCGGUGCCUUGAAUCUCGGCGAUACAAUUCUUUAUAGCUGAUAGUGAAUCUGUUGCUGCAGAUUGCGCGAUGUGAUGCGCAUGUCCAACCUCGGUGCGACCCCCGCUGCUCCCACCACAAUGACCUCCGGCGGUGACCUGAUGCGAGGCUUCUCGUCCCUCUCGAACCGACUGACCGAUCGUCUUCGAGACGGUGGGAUCGGUGGCGUCGGCCUCGACAACCUCAUCUCGGGCGUAAAGAACUUCCUUCCCGCGAAGAAGGACUUCCCCGUCACUCGACUUGUCGAAGCGUUGAUGGACCCACCUUCGGCUUCGACGCAGGCGUUGCAGGAUACGGACGAUUACCUCUUGUUCGAUCCUCGUGCUGGGAGAGGGGCCAGACCUGGCGGAGCGUCCGCAGGGAGGGGGCGUCAACCUUUCGGGGACGCGAUCGUCUUCGUCGUCGGUGGAGGAUCGUACGUUGAAUAUACGAACUUGACGGAAUAUGCGGCACGUUCGGCUCCUCCCGCUCCAGGGGGUGGAGCGAUGGACAAGAUGGGCGCACCGACAAGGAAGAUCACGUACGGCGCGACCGAAAUUGUGAACGCGUCCGAAUUCUUGAAGAGUUUGGGUAAUCUUGCUAGAGCCGGGUAG